AUGCAAGGAGAGAGAGCCGUGACUGCGGCCUCUCUAACUGCAGCGGUCCCCGAAGAGGAGAAGAUGGAGAUCCGGCUGAAGGAGGCCAAACACAUUGCAGAAGAAGCUGACCGCAAAUACGAGGAGGUGGCACGUAAGCUUGUGAUCAUUGAGAGUGACUUGGAACGUACAGAGGUGCGCGCUGAGAUGUCUGAAGGAAAAUGCUCUGAGCUCGACGUGGAGCUGAGAACCGUACAGGACGACCUGAAGUCUCUGGGGGCCCAGGCAGAAAAGUACUCGCAGAAGGACAAGUACGAGGAGGAGAUCAAGAUUCUCACAGACAAGGUGAAGGAGGCUGAGACUCGUGCUGAGUUCGCUGAGGGAUCAGACGUGCCGCAUCUCCAAGAGUGUGUGUCUGCGUUCAGCCUGCAAAGAGCCGAGCAGACCGAUCCGACCUGCGGAAUGAGCCGCCCUUGCGGAGAAGAGCACCACACUUCCGUAGAGAUCCCAAGUUAA